AUGUCACUUGAUCUUCUUCCUUUUCUCCUUUUAAUCCUUCAUCACACCAAUGGCCAAAAUAGUCCAAAUAUUAGCAUAGGCUCUACUUUCACUGCCGGAGAUAAUGGUUCUUUGUUAUCCUCAUCCGGGGACUUUGCUUUCGGAUUUUACCCUGUUUCAGAUACACUUUUCCUAGUUGGAAUUUGGUUCAACAAAAUUCAGGAAAGAACACUCGUCUGGUCAGCAAAUCGUGACAGUCCAGCAGAAACUGGAUCAACUAUUAGUCUAACAAAUGGUGGCCAGCUUGUGCUCAACUAUGCUAAUGGCACUGUUCAACAGAUUUAUAGUGGGACUGCAAGGUUGGGAAUCAUGCAAGGUGAUGGAAAUCUUUUCUUGAGAGAUACCAGUUCAAAUAAUGUUUGGGAAAGCUUUAAGUUUCCCACUGAUACACUUUUGCCAGGACAAACUUUAUUAUCAGCAGCAAAACUCUAUUCCAAUUCAAACUCAAGUGGGAAUUUGAAGUACUCUGCAGGGAAAUUCAUGCUGGAAAUGCAGUAUGAUGGAAAGUUGGUAUUAUCAGCCUAUCAUUUCGCGGACCCAGGGUAUUGGCUAAGUAGUCAAGCUAAUCAAGGAAACGGCGAAGUGAAUUUAGUUUUCAACCAGAGGAAUGCAUUGUUGUAUCUUGAGAAAGGCCAGAAUAACACAAUUUAUUCUUUUCAAAAGAAUGUCCCAACCCCAGUUGAAGACCACUACCACCGUGCAACUCUAGACAGUUUUGGCAACUUCCAGCAGUAUGCACAUCAUAAGACUAAUGGUAGAAAUUGGGUUAGAGUUUGGAAGAUCCCUUCAGAGCCAUGUAUAGUGAAUGCUGUUUGUGGGGCUUACGGAUUCUGCAGAUCAAAUGACAAUGAAACAGUUGAUUGUGAGUGUCUUCCGGGAUAUGUCUUCUUCGAUCCAAGUACUCCCACGUUAUACGCCCGUGUUCAGAACUGUAGGAAACCAGAACCAGAAACUGGAAAAAACCAGUAA